AAAAUCCCACGGGUCGCUUCGCCGGCAAUCCUCCUCCCCUCCCGCCGUGUGUUCUGCCUGCGCCCUCCCUCAUCUCCGGCGACGUCCAAAUCCCAAACCCUCUCCCUCCCCCCGCCCCCCUACCCGCCGGCCGCCAUGAUGCACAUGACCUUCUACUGGGGCACGUCGGCGACGAUCCUCUUCGACGGCUGGAAAACGUCGGCGUGGACCGGCUACCUCCUCUCCCUCCUGGCGCUCUUCCUGGCCGCCGCCUUCUACCAGUACCUCGAGGCCUUCCGGAUCCGCCUCAAGCUCCUCGCCAGCGCCAAGGCGGACCCGCUCCCGCCGCCCGCCGGCUCCGACGCGCGGGCCCCGCUGCUCGGCCCCGGCUCCGCCCUCGCCGGCUGCCGCUGGCCGGCCAAGGUGGCCACGGCGGCGCUCUUCGGGGUCAACGCCGGGAUUGGCUACCUCCUCAUGCUCGCCGUCAUGUCCUUCAACGGCGGGGUGUUCAUCGCCGUCAUCGUCGGGCUCGCCGCGGGCUACCUCGCCUUCCGCAGCAGCGACGGCGAGGACCUCGUCGUCGUCGACAACCCCUGCGCCUGCGCCUAGGGAGAUUGGAUUUGAUGGCCGCCUGGUAGGUGGUUUGACCCAGGUGUGGUGGUGGUGGUUUCUUCAUGUUGUACAACACACACUUUCAGGUGGUAGCAAUAAGAUUUUCGUGUACAAAUUGGGUUGUGUGAUGGGGGAAGAAGGGAUUGCAAGAAACGCUGGUUUCAUCCGAGCGGAGGAAUUGUACAAUAUACAGAAUCGGGAAAAAUCAAGCUCCAGGUCUUUGUUUCCGACAGAUUA